GCUGCUCUCCAUCGCCUCAGAGCCGGACGACACGCAUGUCUACAAUGUGGCCGACUUCAACGUCAUGAGCUCCAUCGUACAGGGUUUGACCAAGAUCGUGUGUGAACAAGUGGAGCAGCAAGACAAGGAUAUCAAACAGCAACAUCCACCAGAGGAGACAGGAGCGCCACUUGAGCUGGUGACAUCAGAAGUCACGGCCCGCAGCUUUAGGGUUUCAUGGAGCCACGCCCCCGGACAUGUAGAGAAAUACAGAGUGCUUUAUUAUCCUGCUAGCGAAGGAGAACCACAGGAGGCGGUAGUGGACGGUAGGGAGACUUCAGCGGAGUUACAGCAUCUCCGUUCUCUCACUGAGUACCAGCUGGCUGUGUUUGCCGUGUACGCAAACGAGGCAAGUGAAGCUCUCAGAGGAUCAGAAACAACCCUGGCCCUUCCCACAGUGACGGCCCUCCAGCUGUUAGAUGUGACUCACAGCACCAUGAAAGCGCGAUGGGACCGCGUGGAUGGAGUUUCUGGCUACAUGCUGCUGUAUGCACUGCUUAUAGACGACGGAGACUUAGAAGAGAAGGAGGUCAAGGUGUCAGAAGCAGUGACGGAGCUGGAGCUGGAUGGGCUGACCCCUCGCACUGAAUACACUGUCACGGUUUAUGCCAUAUAUGGGGAGGAGGCUAGUAACCCUAUUACAAACCAGAAAUCUACAUUACCACUGAGUGCCCCCACCAACCUCCAGUUCUCUGACAUCACUCACAACUCCGCCCACAUCAACUGGGACCCCGCGCCCCAAAAAGUUAAAGGUUACCGCAUCAUGUGGGUCGAGACAGACGGACUAGUCACGGAGGAGGUGGAGGUGGGUCCAGAUAUCUCUUAUGACCUCAGUGAGUUGACGUCUCUGAUGGAGUACUCAGUGGCCAUCUUUGCCCUGUACACUGAGGGCCAAUCAGAGGCCCUCACAGACGGAUUCACUACCACUCCAGUUCCUGGUCCUUUGCAUCUACGCACCAAUAAUGUUGGCACAGACAGCUUCCAGGUCAGCUGGGAUCACUCAGCCAAUGACAUCAUCCUCUACAGACUCUCCUGGGCACCAUUCACAGGUGGCGACACGAAGGAGGUGAUCUUGAGUGGGAUCGAUAACAGAUACAAGCUGUCUGGUCUGAGUUCCUCGACUGACUACGAAGUUAUGCUGACGGCUGUAUUCAGAGAUGAAUCCGAGAGUGAUACCGUCUCUGUUAUAGAGACCACAUGGGCCGAGACGACUACGAUUGCUACCACAACCCCAAUGGCACGUCAGGCUGUGAGAAACCUUCUGCUGAGUGACGAGACCACCCGGAGCAUGGAGGCAUCAUGGGAGCUGGAAGACCCCCAUGUGGAGAGCUACAGGGUCUCCUACGCCGGCCUCAGGGGCAACCACCAAGAGGAGUCUGUGUUAGUUCCUGGUGUUCAGAUGAGUGCAGAGCUUCAUCCUUUACUCUCAGACACCCAGUACAAAGUGACAGUCACACCAGUGUACACCGAUGGACGAGACGGCAUCAGUGUCUCUGUGCUGGGUGCCACAUUGGCCCUCUUGUCUCCUGGAAACCUCCGUGUGUCGGAGGAGUGGUACAAUCGCUUCAGGCUCACCUGGGAUCCACCUCAGUCUCCGGCAGUGGGUUACAGGAUUGCAUACCAGCCCCUCUAUGAUCCGGGACCAGUUUUGGAGACAACAGUGGGUGAAGAUGUGAACUCCAAGCUGCUUCUGAGUCUACAGAGUGGGACAGAGUACAGUGUUCAAGUGACGGCUACCUACCCCGCAGGACAAAGUGAACCUCUGCUGGUGAAUGCCAAAACAUUGUUCCUCGGCGUCUCUGGCUUGUCGACCUACCAGGUACGUCCCUACAGCCUUUGCGUCCAGUGGCAGCCCCUUCUACAUGCCACGUUGUACAGAGUCUCCAUACAGUCCACGCUCAAUGGUCAGAGACAAGAAGUGAGCCUGGGAGGUGGUGCUUCCCGACAGUGCUUCUAUGACCUCACUCCCAGCAGCCAAUACCAGAUCAGUGUUCAUACCCAGAUGCAGGAAAUGGAAGGACAUUCUGUUUCCAUCACUGACAUGACGCUGCCAGCACCCACUCUCGCUCCGACUGAACUCCCCACCACAGAGCCCCCUCCCACCAUCCCACCUGCUAAAGAAGUGUGUAAGGAGGCCAAGGCGGACCUGGCAUUCCUGGUGGAUGGUUCUUGGUCCAUCGGAGACGACAACUUCAUGAAGAUCACACGUUUCCUCUACAGCACCAUGGGGUCACUGGAUCUGAUUGGACCAGACGGUACCCAGGUGGCCAUCGCUCAGUUUAGCGACGAUGCUCGGACAGAAUUCCAGCUGAGUUCCCAUGGCAACAAGGAAGCGCUGUUGGAAGCUAUCCAGAAGAUCAGAUACAAGGGAGGAAACACAAAGACAGGUAGGGCCAUCAAACAUGUGAAGGAGUCUAUUUUCACCUCAGAAGCUGGAGCUCGAAGGGGCGUUCCUAAAGUCCUGGUUGUUCUCACUGAUGGACGUUCCCAAGAUGAUGUCAACAAAGUGUCCAAGGAGAUGCAGGUGGAUGGCUAUAUCAUCUUUGCCAUCGGCUUUGCGGACGCUGACUAUGGGGAGCUGGUGAAUAUUGCCAGCAAGCCCAGUGAUAGACACGUCUUCUUCGUGGACGAUUUGGAUGCUGUGAAGAAAAUAGAAGAGCAGCUCAUUACUUUUGUCUGUGAGGCUGCCACCGCCACUUGUCCAUCUGUUUUGAUGAGUGGCAACACCAUGGCAGGUUUCCGUAUGAUGGAGAAGUUUGGCCUCGUAGAGAAGGAGUACAGCACCAUACCUGGAGUUUCUCUGGAGCCGGGUUCAUUCAACAGUUUCCCCUGUUACAGAUUACACCGUGACGCCCUGGUGUCACAGCCCACCAAGUACCUUCAUCCUGAAGGUUUACCUUCUGACUACACCAUCUCUAUGAUGCUCCGCCUACUUCCAGAGACCCCGAAGGAGCCCUUUGCAUUGUGGGAAAUCCUCAACAAGGACAACGAGCCAUUGGUCGGACUAAUCCUGGACAACAAUGGGAAUACCUUGACGUUCUUCAACUAUGACUACAAAGGAGACUUCCAGACCGUCACUUUUGAAGGAACCGAAAUAAAAAAGAUCUUCCACGGCAGCUUCCACAAGCUCCAUGUGACCGUCAGCAAGACGUCGGUGAAGGUGGUGUUAGAUUGUUCCGUGGUUGGGGAGAAAUCCGUGAGUGCCGCUGGUAACAUUACCACAGAUGGAGUGGAGAUCCUCGGAAGGAUGCUUCAGUCCAGAGGCAGACGGGACAACUCUGCUCCAUUCCAGCUCCAGAUGUUUGACAUCAUCUGUAGCACAUCCUGGGCCAGCAGAGAUAAGUGUUGCGAGCUGCCGGCAUUGAGAGUUGAGGAGCAGUGCCCCUCCAUGCCUCAUGCCUGUACCUGCUCCCAGGAGAGCAAAGGACCUCCAGGACCUUCCGGACCCCCUGGCGGUCCAGGCAUUAGGGGAGCCAGAGGAGACCGAGGAGAGCCAGGAGUGACGGGACCUUAUGGGCCAGCGGGAGAGCGUGGCCCUUUAGGACCCUCAGGACCUCCUGGUCCUCAGGGCCCCAGUGGUCUCUCUAUUCAGGGACCCCCGGGUGCUGCUGGGGAAAAGGGACAGAGGGGAGAGAUCGGUCCAGCCGGACAAAUGGGUGUUCCUGGAAGCUCGGGCCCCCCUGGUAGAGACGGCCCCCCAGGAGCGAGGACUUGCUCCUGGCGAGGUGAAGGACUCUACAAGUAAUCCAUCUGCUGUGUCUUUGCUGGCUGACAGAGGUCCAGACAGUCAUCCCCUUCGUGGUAGUUUUCAGAGCAUAGUUUUCAGGCUUGUCAUGUGGUUUCUUUCAGGACAAUUUUCUGCUAACGGGUUUCUGACAGAUACACUUGGAGUUCAUGAAGCUUCAGCAAGAAAAGCCUUUUAAGGACCAGUUUGGGAUUAAAGUUGAUAUGUUUGCAGACAUGUUAAAUGUUAUUGAUAAGUAUGUUUAAUUUAGUGUAUAAUCAACUGAAACAAAUAAUGGUUGUGUUUUAAUUUGCUUAAAAAGAGUCAUAACCACAAAGGGGUCCUCUUCAUGUUGCACAGCCGUGGUUCUACAGUCGCCCUCAACGGCACUGGAUCGGAAAAGCUCUGCACAUUUUUAUGUUACCUGAAGGCCACCGUACUUUUCCAACAUGAGUGUGAAACUGCAGUAACGUUAGCCCCCGAGUGCUGCAACCUAUCCUGCUAGAUGACACUUAAUCAUACACACUGGACUUUUUACUCGCUGCCUGUUUUUGGUUUGCCAAUAACAACCACAAAAAUGACAGAUUAUUACUUUUCUUCAGUUGAAUCCGCAGCAUGCUCGAGAUUUCUGAAGAUUUGAUGACCUGACUACAGCUUGUAGACAUAUGGAGCAAGGCUUUGUCUGUACACAUAACAAGUGAAGCAUUGCACUUUUGAUGACUGUCAUGAUUUCUGAAUAUUGUUUUUCUUUCAGUGGAAGCAUUGAAAGCAGUAGGGAUGGGCACGCAGUGAAUACUGAUAGAAUCAUUUCACAAGAGGCCAUCAAUGCAUCAGCCAUGUCGGUUAUCACUAUUCUUUUGACAGCGAUAUAUAAAGUACUGAACAAUAAUUAUAAAUAAAUAAGCAUAGAAGCCAAAGAUUCACUGCAACAGCCUGAGAAGGUCCAGUUCUCAUAACGAUUGUACUUGUGUCUAAACUCAGUCACAAGUUCAGGUCUUUUAAAUAAAAUAAUCUUGUAUUAAAGUAUGCACAUACAAGUCGGUAUCGGGAGCUUUCCUGUACACCGUGAACCAGUUGCAGCUUGAAAUUAUACAUUUGCUUUAACCUGACAGUUUUACACCAGGCUGACUCUACUUCCGAAUGCCUCAUGCAAUGUUUCUUUGCUUCCCAGUGGAACAUGUUUUUUUAAUUAUAUCUUUGUUCCAAAUGUGCAUUCGCAUAUUUGGAACGAUUUCAAAGUAAUUAGAGAGGCAUUGUGAGACUUCAAUAUUGUCCAGGGAGAGUGUUUACUGUGUGGCACCAGUGACUUCCACUGAGGAGUUUUCUGAUGUCACAUUCUGGCUCAGCUUUUCAGAGAAGCGCAUGCACAUGUUAUAAGUUAUUAGAUUCACAUUGCGUUACAUUGAAAUUCGAGAAGAAGAAAAAAGAACAGAAAUAAAUGCUUCACCCCUCACACAGGUUGGACUGAAUAUCAUAUAAGGAGUGUGUCCAUGUUGAAAGGGCAUCAGCCUUAAAAGAACGACCACAAAGUAACUUCAGAAAUCAAAGCUAAAAUGGAAGGAUUAACUGAACCUUAGGUUAAGCUGUUUUCCAGGACAAUCUGAAAAUGUGUUUUAAUAACAUGUAUUCAGUUGAAAUGGCCUAUACAUAUUGAGAUUGAUCAAAGCCAUCAUUAUGCUAUUAUAUAUCAUGUUAUUAUAUGUCAAACCAGACCAAAUAAAGAAUUGUAAUGCAGUUGGUAUGAAUGUGCUUCUAAAGUAAAAGCUCCAGUUUCAUAUUCACGUGCUCUCCUCAAACCACAGUAUCAUGGGGAAGACAUUGCCAUGCCGGAGAUGGUUCUAAACACCUUGAGGAAACUAUAAUAUAGACUGUUCACUUCAAUAUAAGACUGUUCACUUUUUCACAGUCAGAAAUAAUGCGCCUGUGUUUUCUACAAUAUGUCUAAAAGUAUAACCAAUUAUAGAAGUUUAAUUGGAGGCAUUUGUUUGCAGACCUGGAGUUUGGACCUCGGCCGGUGCAACAGCUACCGAGUCUGGUUACCAUCCGUCGCCUGGAUGUUAAAUGUAGUAGAAAGUAACAGUCUUACUGA